GGUCUUCCAACAAAUGUUCAUGCCAAUGGACGGAGUCAAGCAUGAGAUGGAGAGAGGGUGCAAGCAUUUUAGCGUGGACGACAGCAGGGAGGAUAUGGAAGCGCUGUUAGAGGUGAUAUACGGUGGCUUACGCAUCGACACCGUAGCUUUGACGGCGGAGAGCUUUCCGCUAUUGUCCAGUCUCCUGCAAAUGUGCACGAAGUAUGAAAUUGAACGCCCUCGUUCCGAGGUUAUCGCACGCAUACAGGCCAACUGGCCACACGACCUCGCGAAGCACGACGCAAUCGUUGACGCCAGAAUCCGCAGAUACAUGAACACCCAUGUACACGAGUUGCCACAGAACACACUCCUGUGCGAUGUAGACGAAGACAUGGACCUACAUCCUGCAGCUGUCAUUUCUCUCCUGCGCCAGUGCGGAUACACCACACCUGAGCUCCUUGCCGCCCUCUUCUACGCACUCAGCCGCUGCUCAAAGAAAUUCGGUGGUACAGCACCCGGUUUCAGCAUCUCACCCCUAUCUCACGCCGACAUCGAAAGACUCAUCGUCGGUAUUGAACGCCUGCGCGAAGCACACAGCAGGCUGAUGAUUGCUAUGCCACUAGGCCAGCAAGCCCAUAUGCAGCUUUGCGGGCCAGGGCUUCUCACACACAACAAUACUCAGGUUUUCCCCGCCGCUGUGAAUGGUCUUAAUCGCCCAAUAGAAUUUUGGCGGGCAGCCGCCGACAAAGUCCAGCGGGCUACACAGGGUCUUCCGGGUACACGGCCGCCAUGCGCCGCAUGUUGCGACGCUGCUGCUGCCACGAUAAGGGCCAGUCGGGAAGCUCUCUGGGGACGCAUGGCCGAGAUUUUUGAGCUCGCGUGACCUUCUUCCUUUUUCUCUUUGCACCUUGCAUGCAUGCUGUCGCGGAUGUCUGACGCUGAUUCGUUCCGUCUACCUUCGCGCCGUGAUUCCUC